AUGUUUGCGUUUUUCGAAGAUGCCCUGGUGCCACUCCAGCCAGGGACGCUAAACAGCACUGGCACCGGUACCCAGGCCCGCCAGCCACCCCGCCCUGCGUCCCGGGGCCCAGUGACUCUCUUUGCUUUGUCCCGGACAUUCUGGUACCGGAGACCCGUUUGUCUGUUUUCAAAAGAUCCUGGAACCUGGGAUUCGAAUGGGAAACUGGUAUUCACACUGAAGCCUGCAUUUUCUGGUAGCCCUCUGUGGGCCAAGCUAAGUGGGCCUGUGGGCCGCUGGUUGGAGACCCGGGAGGCGGCUCCGCAGCAUGGCGGAGGGUUACCCCAAGGCGACACCGUGGCCGACCUGCUGAGACGCCUGGGCCCAUGCCCCUACGUGUUCUCCUGUGUGGCCAUCCGUAGAUGGUCCCUUGCUGAGGACUCGCCGGGCUCCACCUGUGAGCCGGGCUGGCUGCCGGCGAUGCGGGGCCCACUGAGGGGUGCAGGGGACGUCCAGGCAGCGGACUGUGGGCGAGCAGGGUUGGAUUCAGUCCUCACGUCCCAUCUUGCAGGACGGCUCCAUUACACAGAUGGAACAGGCCACAGACAGAGUUGCCCCAGAGGGUCCUGGGGACCAUCCCUGCCCGUGCAGAGGCCGUCGGGGCUGCUUCGAAAAGCCGCCAUGCUUGGGCAGCACGCAGGCCGGCCCGAGGCUCCUGCCUGCCCGUUCUUUCUGGGUCACGAGUCGCUGAUUGCGUUCCUGCACCGAAUCCGGCAGAACGUGGCGGACUCCGUGGAGAAGGGCCUCACGGAGGAGAAUGUCAAGAUCCUGUUCUCGAACAUCGAGGACAUCCUGGAGGUUCACAAGGAUUUCCUGGCCGCCUUAGAGUAUUGCUUACACCCGGAGCCUCAGUCUCAGCAUGAACUUGGGAACGUUUUCUUAAAAUUCAAGGACAAGUUCUGCGUGUACGAGGAGUAUUGCAGCAACCACGAGAAGGCCCUGAGGCUGCUGGUAGAGCUGAACAAGAUCCCCACCGUGCGCGCCUUCCUGUUGAGCUGCAUGCUUCUGGGAGGCCGUAAGACCACGGACAUCCCUUUGGAGGGCUACCUGUUGUCUCCGAUUCAGAGAAUCUGCAAGUACCCGCUCCUCCUUAAGGAGCUGGCCAAGAGGACUCCCGGCAAGCACCCGGACCACCCCGCGGUGCAGAGCGCCCUGCAGGCCAUGAAGACCGUCUGCUCCAACAUCAAUGAGACCAAGCGGCAGAUGGAGAAACUGGAAGCCCUGGAGCAGCUGCAGUCCCACAUUGAAGGCUGGGAGGGCUCCAACCUCACGGACAUCUGCACCCAGCUCCUGCUUCAGGGAACGUUGUUGAAGAUCUCUGCGGGCAAUAUCCAGGAGAGAGCCUUCUUCCUUUUCGACAACCUUCUGGUCUACUGCAAGCGGAAAUCCAGGGUCACUGGAAGCAAAAAGUCUACCAAGAGGACCAAGUCCAUCAAUGGCUCUCUCUACAUCUUCAGGGGCCGAAUCAACACUGAGGUCAUGGAGGUGGAGAAUGUGGAAGAUGGGACAGCGGAUUAUCAUAGCAAUGGCUACACCGUCACCAAUGGCUGGAAGAUUCACAACACAGCCAAGAACAAGUGGUUUGUCUGUAUGGCCAAGACGGCGGAGGAGAAGCAGAAGUGGCUGGAUGCCAUCAUCCGUGAGCGGGAGCAGCGUGAAAGCCUGAAGCUGGGCAUGGAGCGCGAUGCGUACGUGAUGAUUGCAGAGAAGGGUGAGAAGCUCUACCACAUGAUGAUGAACAAGAAGGUGAACCUGAUCAAGGACCGCCGGAGAAAGCUGAGCACCGUCCCCAAGUGCUUCCUCGGCAAUGAGUUUGUUGCCUGGCUCCUGGAAAUUGGUGAAAUCAGCAAGACGGAAGAAGGCGUGAAUUUGGGCCAGGCCCUGCUGGAGAACGGCAUUAUCCACCAUGUUUCUGACAAGCACCAGUUCAAGAACGAGCAGGUGAUGUAUCGCUUCCGUUAUGACGACGGCACCUACAAGGCCCGCAGUGAGCUGGAAGACAUCAUGUCCAAGGGUGUGAGGCUUUACUGCCGUCUUCACAGCCUCUACACCCCAGUGAUCAAAGACCGCGAUUACCACCUGAAGACCUACAAGUCGGUGCUUCCAGGGAGCAAGCUGGUGGACUGGCUGCUGGUUCAGGGAGACUGCCAGACGCGGGAGGAGGCAGUGGCACUCGGCGUGGGCCUAUGUAACAACGGCUUCAUGCACCACGUGCUGGAGAAGAGUGAGUUCAAGGACGAGUCCCAGUACUUCCGCUUCCACGCCGAUGAGGAGAUGGAGGGGACCAGCAGCAAGAACAGGCAGCUGCGCAAUGACUUCAAGCUGGUGGAGAACAUUCUGGCCAAGCGCCUGCUGAUCCUGCCCCAGGAGGAAGACUACGGCUUCGACAUCGAGGAGAAGAACAAGGCUGUGGUGGUGAAGUCGGUGCAGAGGGGCUCGCUGGCCGAGAUGGCCGGCCUGCAGACAGGGAGGAAGAUCUACUCCAUCAACGAGGACCUGGUGUUCCUGCGGCCCUUCUCCGAGGUGGAGUCCAUCCUCAACCAGUCCUUCUGCUCCCGCCGCCCGCUGCGCCUCCUGGUGGCCACCAAGGCCAAAGAGAUCAUCAAGAUCCCCGACCAGCCAGAGACACUGUGCUUCCAGAUCCGUGGGGCUGCGCCGCCAUACGUCUACGCCGUGGGGAGAGGCUCAGAGGCCGCGGCCGCCGGGCUCCGUGCCGGUCAGUGUGUCCUCAAGGUCAACGGCAACAGUGUGAUGAACGACAGUGCCUCCGAGGUCCUGGAGCACUUCCAGGCCUUCCGGAGCCGACGGGGAGAGGCCCUGGGCCUGUACCAGUGGAUCUACCACACCCACGAGGACGCCCAGGAGGCGCGGGCCAGCCAGGAGGGCCCUGGUGAGGAACCUGAUGGCCAGCGGCUCCAGGAGGAGGACCAACCUGAUUCAGCCUCGCCCCUGCUGUCCCUGGGCCCCCAGCUGAGCCUGCGGGAGGACAGCCCAGUGGUCAGCCUGACCGUGGACAACGUGCACCUGGAACACGGCGUGGUGUACGAGUACAUGAGCACAGCCGGCGGCCGGUGCCACGUGCUGGAGAAGAUUGUGGAGCCCCGCGGCUGCUUCGGCCUCACUGCCAAGAUCCUUGAGGCCUUUGCUGCCGAGGACAGCGUCUUCGUGCAGAACUGUGGGCAGCUCAUGGCCCUGAGCAGCGCCAUCGUGACCAUGCCCCACUACGAGUUCCGCAACAUCUGCGACACCAAGCUGGAGAGCAUUGGCCAGAGGAUCGCCCGCUACCAGCAGUUUGCAGCCCAGCUGAGGAGCAGGGUCAGCCUGCCCUUCAAGCAGGCCACCUCGGAGCCCCACGUGCUGUGUGGCCUGGACUUCUGCCCCACCAACUGCCACAUCAACCUCAUGGAGGUGUCCUACCCCAAGGCCACCCCCUCGGUGGGCAGGUCCUUCAGCAUCCGCUUCGGCCGCAAGCCCUCCCUCAUCGGCCUCGACCCCGAGCAAGGCCACCUAAACCCCAUGUCCUAUACCCAGCACUGCAUCACCACCAUGGCCGCCCCCUCCUGGAAGUGCUUGCCUGCUGCGGACGGGGACCCCCAAGGCCAGGGUCUCCACGACAGCAGCUUCGGGCCAGCCGGGGGCGCCCUGGGCCAGGAAGACCGGGGCCUGAGCUUCCUGCUCAAGCAGGAGGACCGUGAGAUCCAGGACGCCUACCUGCAGCUCUUCACCAAGCUGGACGUGGCCCUGAAGGAGAUGAAGCAAUAUGUCACCCAGAUCAACAGGCUGCUGUCCACCAUCACAGAGCCCACCUCGGGGGCCUCCUGCGACCCGCUCUUGGCCGAGGAGGCCUCUUCCUCCCCGCUGGUCAGUGAAGAGAGUGAGAUGGACCGGACCGACCACGGGGGCAUCAAGAAGGUGUGCUUCAAGGUGUCCGAGGAGGAGCAGGAGGAUUCGGGCCAUGACACCAUGAGCUACCGCGACUCCUACAGUGAGUGUAACAGCAACCGGGACUCGGUCCUGUCCUACACCAGUGUGAGAAGCAACAGCUCCUAUCUGGGCAGCGAUGAGAUGGGGUCUGGUGACGAGCUGCCCUGUGACAUGCGGAUCCCGUCAGACAAGCAGGACAAGCUCCACGGCUGCCUAGAGCAUCUCUUUAACCAGGUGGACUCCAUCAACGCCCUUCUCAAGGGGCCGGUCAUGAGCAGGGCUUUCGAAGAGACCAAGCAUUUCCCCAUGGACCACAGCCUGCAAGAGUUCAAACAGAAAGAAGAGUGUACAAUCCGUGGCCGGAGCUUGAUCCAGAUCAGCAUCCAGGAGGACCCCUGGAACCUUCCUAACUCCAUCAAGACCCUGGUGGACAACAUUCAGAGAUACGUGGAAGACGGGAAGAACCAGCUGCUCCUGGCCUUGCUGAAGUGCACAGACACAGAGCUGCAGCUGCGCCGGGAUGCCAUCUUCUGCCAGGUGCUAGUGGCUGCCGUGUGCGCCUUCUCCGAGCAGCUGCUGGCCGCCCUCAGCUACCGCUACAACAACAACGGCGAGUACGACGAGAGCAGCCGUGAUGCCAGUCGCAAGUGGCUGGAGCAGGUGGCGGCCACGGGUGCCCUGCUGCACUGCCAGUCCCUGCUCUCGCCGGCCGUGAAGGAGGAACGGACCAUGCUGGAGGACCUCUGGGUGACCCUGUCGGAGCUGGACACCGUCACCUUUUCUUUUAAGCAGCUGGACGAGAACUGUGUUGCCAAUACCAACGUCUGCUACCACAUCGAGGGCAGCCGGCAGGCCCUGAAGGUCAUCUUCUACCUCGACAGCUACCACUUCUCCAAGCUGCCUUCGCGCCUGGAGGGUGGGGCCAGCCUGAGGCUGCACACUGUGCUCUUCACGAAAGCUCUGGAGAAUGUGGAGGGGCUACCUCCUCCAGGCAGCCAGGCCAUGGAAGAUUUGCAGCAGGAGAUCAAUGCUCAGUCCCUGGAGAAAGUUCAGCAGUAUUACCGCAAGCUCAGGGCAUUCUACCUGGAACGGUCCAACCUGCCUACGGACGCCAGCACCACAGCAGUGAAGAUAGACCAGCUGAUCCGCCCCAUCAACGCCCUGGAUGAGCUCUGCCGUCUCCUGAAGGCCCUGGUCCACCCCAAGCCCGGCGCCGGCGGGAGCCCGGGUGCCAGCCUCAUCCCCCUCUCCUCGGAGCUCUGCUACCGCCUGGGCGCCUGCCAGAUCGCCAUGUGCGGCUCCGGCAUGCAGAGGAGCACCCUGAGCGUGUCCCUGGAGCAGGCGGCCAUCCUGGCCCGGAGCCAUGGGCUGCUGCCCAAGUGCAUCAUGCAGGCCACGGACAUCAUGCGCAAGCAGGGCCCUCGGGUGGAGAUCUUGGCCAAGAACCUGCGCGUCAAGGACCAGAUGCCCCAGGGCGCACCGCGCCUCUACCGCCUCUGCCAGCCUCCGGUGGACGGAGACCUCUGAACACCCAGACGCCCCGUGCUGGCCGCGUCCUCUGGAACUGGGAUUUGGGAGGACACAGCGGACAGCACCGGCCUUCUCCAGAUAUGGCCCGAAGCAUCUGCUGCCACUACCCAAGACCUGCCCAGCGGCCUCCACUGCCUCCCUCCAGGACUGGCCUGGGCCCCCUCUCCCAUGAGCCGCCUGGGCAGCCCAGGCCGGCGCACUCUCCACCCUUCUUUCAGAAGCCACAUGGGUGCUGGGGACCUGCAGAGCUGGUGGGGCAGCCGGGGCCUGGCUUCGGCCCCAAACCCCCAGGAUGCAGGGGAGGGUCACAGAGGCCCGCAGACCCGGUCCCCUCGGGACGGCUCAACCUGCACUUUGGAAACCCCCGGUUUCUUGAAGUCCACAUUCCAGGAGACCACGGGUGUCCCUGCUUCCUCCUACUCCCCCUCCUCACCUCAGCUUCCAGAUCCACCCUAACCCCGUACUAACCGCUUGGUGGACUCGGAAGAGCCAGGAAGGACAGAGAGGCGGGGCGCCACGCCAGUCCCCAAGAGGGUCUCGAAAGCCACACCAGCUCCCGACAUCACGGCCACUGGAACUUGAGCCUCAGCCCUGGGCACGAGCUUUGCCCUGACUUUAUUUAUAUGGCGUGAAAGCUCUGGUUUAUUUUGGGAGUUUUUGGUUGCUGGUAUUGUCCAGAUUUCCUUUUUCUAAGGCUGUGUGAUUAUAUAUUUGACGGUUUAAGUUGCAGAGAAAGGUAUAUUGUCUAACAGGGACCAACAUGAGGUAGUACUGACAGCCUUCCUCAGUUCUACUAAAGAAAGCAAAAAAGAAAAACUAAAUUAUUGAGAAUGCUUAAGAUGUCAGUCUUCCUUCUUUUGUAAUAUUUAGGGUCCUAAGGUGUCGACUGAUUCCUUUUCCCGCCCACCCUCAGUCUCCAGCGGCUGGUCAGGGCUGAAAGGUCACGCUGCCUUUGGCUCUGAGAGGUGGCUGGCCGGGUCGGGGGUGGGGAUCGAACCACACUUGAGAUGCCUCUCACACAGGUGGACAGAAGCCAGGGGAAAUGCUGGUGGGGGCUUCUGUAAUUUAUUUUCUUGCUGUUAGCGUCUCAGAGCUGGGCAUUUGGGACUUAUCUGCCAGCCAGAGAGCAGGAAGCCACCAUACCUGUGCUCUAGGUAAAGGGGCCUACACAGGAAGCCCCUCAGCAGUGUGUCCCCAACUCUCGUACGCCUGCAGGGAUUGUCAUAGCAGGGGAGGAAGGAGGGAAUGUCUUGUCUCCCUGGCUGGUGGGUGAGAUGGGUGCCCUGCUGCCCCAGAGGCCAGGAGCCUUGAAGCCCCAGCAUUUCAGCUCCCCCGGCCCCUGGCGUCCACCUUCCCUCUCUUGCCACCGCAACCAGGACGGCAGGCGGUGGCCUUGUCGCUGUAUCUUAUGUCAGAUGCACACAAGGACUCGCUUUAGCCCUGAUGUGGGAGCCGGGGAGGGCCCGAGGGCCAGGGCAUCGUGCACUGGUUUACUUUAAAAUGUACAGAUUCUUCUCGUUAAAUUCAUGAUAGAUUUUUUUAUUAUUAAAAGUCAGUUUAUAUAAUACAAAGAA